UUAUUAUUAUUAUUGUAGUUUGGAUUUUUUCACAAAUGUCUUAGUAUAGUAAGGCAUUUUUUGAAACAUUUUCAGGUUGUUUUUUUUAAUAAAAAAUACAACAGAUGGACUGGAAUCAUCGUCUGUUUCAACCAAUCAGAGCAUUUGGGGAUAGGGCCAAUACUGCUGCAGCUCUAAAUGAAACCAGAGCAACUGAAGCUGUCAGAGAACUUCUCUACAGGACACUGAGCACCAGAAGACCCUGCAUCAACCUGGGGGGUGGGAGAGUGAUGGGGAGAGUUGGAGAUGUCAGUGUGAAGUGACCAUGAAAGGAUAAAAAGAUGACAAGAAAAAGAUGAAGACGCAGGCUGACGUACUUAAAAGGAUAAAAAGAUGACAUCAAUUGGUGAAAGUCAGCAAUGCAUAUUAAUGGUCCAUGUCUGACAAAAAUAUAAACAAGAAACACCUCAAAUAAUAAACACUCAACAACAUCACACAAACCGACCAAACGAGAAUCAAACAAAACAAAAACAAUAUUAAAAAAAGAUAAUUAAGAAGUGACUAGAACAAUUCACUGUGUUUAUAACUAGGUCUUCUGAGAGCCGACAUCAUGUGUGAUGAUGAAGAAGUUAUCGCCCUGGUGCUUGAUAACGGCUCCGGCCUGAUGAAGGCUGGUUUUGCUGGAGACGACGCGCCUCGUGCCUUAUUUCCUUCUGUUGUUGGUUUCCCUCGACAACAGGGCACGAUGGUCGGCAUCGGCCAGAAAGAGGCCUACGUGGGUGACGAGGCUCAGAGCAAACGAGGCAUGCUGACGCUGAAAUACCCCAUUGAGCGGGGUAUCAUCACCAACUGGGAGAACAUAGAGAAAAUCUGGCACCACACUUACUACAACGAGCUGCGUGUGCCCCCGGAGGAGCACCCCAUCCUGCUGACAGAGCCCCCGCUCAACCUCAAGGCCAACAGGGAGAAGAUGACUGAGAUCCUGUUUGAGACGUUCAAUGUCCCCGCCAUGUACGUGGCCGUGCAGGCCGUGCUGUCGCUGUACGCUUCUGGUCGCACCACAGGUGUCGUCCUGGAAUCUGGGGAUGGCAUAACCCACAACGUUCCAAUCUACGAAGGGUUUUCUCUUCCUCACGCCAUCAUCCGUCUGGACUUCGCCGGCCAGGACCUGACUGAGUACCUCCUGAAACUCCUGACAGAACGCGGCUACUCUUUUGUCACACCUGCUGAGCGUGACAUCGUGCGUGACAUCAAGGAGAAGCUCUGCUACGUCGCCAAGGACUUUGAGGAUGAGACCGACGCUCCUCCGUCCUCGGUUGAAAAUACUUACGAGUUACCUGACGGUCAGAUCAUCACCGUAGGUGACGAGCGCUUCCGGUGCCCGGAGGCCAUGUUCCAGCCGUCUAUGAUUGGUGUUGAGUCUCCAGGUAUUCAUGAGACCACGUACAAAAGCGUCAUGAAGUGUGACGUCGACAUCCGCAGGGACUUGAACCUCAACAUCGUUAUGUCGGGGGGAAACACCAUGUUCCCUUUUAUCGGUGAACGCACACAAAGCGAGAUCGGUGAUCUGGUGGCAGGCGCGAUGAAAAUUCGGGUCCACUGCCCCCCUGAGAGGAAGUACUCGGUGUGGAUCGGUGGCUCCAUCCUGGCCUCUCUGACCACCUUCCAGCAGAUGUGGAUCAGCAGACAGGAGUACGACGAGGUCGGACCAGCCAUCGUCCACAGGAAGUGCUUCUGAGCAGCAGACGGUCACGGUCCUGGGUGUGAAAACGGACAGAAGAUUCUUCAACAACAGCCCAACAGUAUUUCACAGUAAUAAUGCUUAAAGUUUUGACGUCAUUUAGAGUGCCGAGAACUCAGGUGUGGCCAAAACUAUGGUGCAGCCUGUACUUCGUUAAUAUUUGCAGAGAUACUUGGACUAUAUUGGCCACAAUAAGUUUGAAAACAAAUGAACAGAAAAAAUAAACAAAACAGCAUUUCUCAAAUGGACAGAAUGAGUGAUUAAUAAACAGUAGUAAAGAUUAGGGGUGUAAUAGUAUAUCGAUAUAUUGUGAUUUUUCAUUUCA